AUGGUUAGUAAUGAGACAGUCCACCAUGAGGAUCAUGUUGGAGGUAACAGUCCAUCUGUUCUGUUCUUCAUCUUCUGUUGUUUUGGAUUUGGUGCAUUGAUGCGGCAGGCUAUGAAAUUUAUACCAGUUCGAUUAGCAUAUACUGUAGUAUUGUUGCUGAUUGGAGUGAUAUUUGGUCUGAUAUCUAAUCAGGUACCAGAACUUGAUAUCUAUACCACAAUGGUAGAUGCUGACCCACAUCUCAUCAUGCAUGUUUUCUUACCAGUUCUUAUCUUUGAAUCAGCCUUCGCUCUGGAUUAUCAUACUUUCAAAAAGACUUCGGCACAAGUUUUGCUACUGGCCGUACCUGGAUUAGCUCUAUCAUCUCUACUAACCUGUAUAAUGGCUCAGUAUCUAUUUGAUUAUAAUUGGGGUUGGAAUAUUGGUAUGUUAUUUGGAUCGUUAAUGAGUGCUACAGAUCCAGUAGCUGUUGUGGCUAUAUUGAGAGAAGUGGGAGCAUCCAAGAAGUUAUCCAUAGUUAUUGAGGGAGAAUCUUUAUUGAAUGAUGGUGCUGCCAUCGUAUUGUUCAAUAUUUUUCUGAUUCUAUCAACAACCACUGCAGGCCUUUCUGGUGGUGAGAUCGUAGUGUACUUUCUACGAGUAGCUAUUGGUGGUCCAGCCUUUGGUUUACUGAUGGCGAUUUUUGCUAUAUUCUGUUUAUCACAAGUAUUCAAUGAUGUCUACGUUGAGUUGACUGUAACUUUAGUUGCAACAUAUGCCACCUUCUACAUUGGUGAAGCUUUGUUGGGAGUAUCUGGUGUUCUAGCGGUUGUAGUUUUAGGUAUAGCUAUGAGUAGUAUGAGAACAAGUAUCAGUCCAGAAGUAGAGGAUUUCAUUCACAGAUUUUGGGAGGCAUUAGCGUACUUUGCCAACACACUGAUCUUUAUUCUUGUUGGUGUCGUCAUUUCUAAGAAAGCUAUUCAGUUGAUAUUUGGUAUGGAUUGGUUUUAUAUGAUAGCAUUGUAUCUUGGACUGAAUGUUAUACGUGGAACAGUUGUGUUGUUAUUAAGUCCCAUUUUAAGAAGAUUAGGUUAUGGUAUGACAUGGCAAGAAGGAUUAGUGCUAACAUGGGGUGGAUUACGAGGUGCUGUGGGUUUAGCUCUUGGUCUUCUCGUUAUGGAAGAUGAAGGUCUGGAUCUUCAAAAAGUCAGAGUCAAAGUUUUGAUUCAUAUAUCUGGUAUUGUGUUUUUAACUCUUUUGAUUAAUGCUACUACCAUUCCUUAUUUACUGAAAACCCUAGGAAUGAAUGAUAUAACUACUGCUAAACGAAUGGCUAUGGCUAGUGCUAUUCGGCAUCUGGAAGAACUUCGUUAUAAGACUUUAAAUAUGUUGAAAACUGACAGGUUUUUAGCUGAUUCAGAUUGGGAACUAGUGGAGAAAUCCUGUGGUAUCGAUCCUCCAUAUAAAACUUCUAAAGAAGAGGCCGAGUUAGAACAAUCCAUGAAGAUCAGACCAAAAUCUAUUUGUCCAGACUGUAAUGCCCAGUUACCACUACAACCAACGCCUAAAGAAUUAAGAGACAUGACAAACGAAGCUAUAUUACGUUAUCUUAAAGCUGAAAAGUUAAGCUAUUGGAGACAGUUUGAACAAGGAAUGGUAUCUCAAGAAGCUGUAAGAAAGUUACAAGGUUAUACAGAGGUAGCUUCAGACAAAUCAGGACAGUUUGUUGACCUAGAUGAAAUCAAAUCAUCAUGGGAGGUGCCAAAAAGUUUAAUAAAGCUGAGAAAAGUAAUCGUACGCAUAAUAGAAAACAAACCAGUCUGUUCGGCAUGUGGGGGAUGUUUACAGGGAUUCUUCAAAAUAGUGACGUCCAAAGUGGUGUCAUAUAUAAUAUUUGUUAUCAUUGCUAUGGAUAUGGUGAACUGGAUUCUAUCUUUAAUCAGUGAACGUUACAAUAUGUGGUAUGACAACAGAAUAAUCUUCCGAUCCAUCAACGCAGCUUUUGUUGGAAUUUACAUCGUAGAGUUUAUUUGCAAGGUUAUUACUCAAUCAGCUGGUUAUUUUAAAGUAAUCUGGCAAGUGUUAUGUUUUGUUAUUGUUAUCCAUGGAAUAUCUGAUGUGGCUGUAGAAUUUAGUCUUCCACCAUCUUCGACCUAUACACAAGAAGUUGUUUUGGUUUUCAUCGUUUUCAGAUUUAUACGUGUUUUAAGGUUUUUUGAAUUGAUCUUUCCUCUGCUACUGAAAUUUGUGGACUAUCAGAUGACAGCUAGUAUUAGUAAUGGUUAUGACGUUGGAAGAGGAUUUGUGGCUGGUGAAGAAGAAGUUCGGAAGCUAAUCGACAGGAUGGUUGAUAAUACAGAUUGUGCUACCUACCUAAAGCAAAACUGCGAUACUGGAAAAUUAGACGUUAUUCGUUGUCUUGGUAUUCUGCAGAAAGAAAAUCCACAGAUAGCAUUAUCAGUGAAAACAAGACAAGCAGCUAGAAGUGUAUUAAAUAGUUUAAGGGAUGGUGUUCAGAAGCUGUUAGAAGAUGGUGUUUUACAAGAGUCAGAAACAGAAAAAUUAAAUCACAAAAUCGAAGCUAAAAUGAAGAAGUUACUACAGCUACCUACUACUAUACCUGUUCCACCACCAGAUAGAAUGUUAAAUAAUGUUACAUGGCUAGAAGACGAUCAAGAAACUAUCGACUUUAUCAAGGCAAGAUCUCAACUUAUAAACUACAACCAUGACGAAGCUUUAGUUAAAGAAGGAGAUGCAUCAGAUGGUAUUUAUAUUAUAGUAUCUGGUCUUGUUAGGUUUUCAAGAAGUAAAAAGAAUAAGAAUAAUGAUAAGACUGAAGAUAAAGUGAUGGAUUUUAUGUCAACUGGAAGUAUUAUAGGUGAAAUGGGAUUGCUGACACAUGGUAACAGAAUGGCUAGUGUAGUUUGCGAAACAGCUGUUCAGGCAUUAUUUAUCAGUUCAGCUGAUAUGGAAGAAGCAUUCAGAACAUUUGCUGAUACUGAACCAUCAUUAGAGAAAAGAUUGUGGAAAGUGUGUGCUUCUCGUUUGGCUGUUGGAGUUCUACUGGAACAGCCUUCAUACCAGGGAUUCACAAGAGAAAAGGUAAAACUAAGAUUAGAAUCAGCAUAUGUUGUUCCCGGUGAAGAUUUUUCAAUCAAUUCUAAAAUGGCAGACGUGGUACUUAUUCAUGGUCAUGCACAGAAUGCCUUCACUAAAGAAAACUAUCAUGGACCAUGUUAUAUUCCUUGGACUUGCCUGAAAUUGGAAUUCAAGUUUGAUCAAGUAUCUAAACCUAUAAUGUUAGUGAUACCAAGUGAAACUGAUGAUCAAUUACAUUUAGCACCUACUCACAGGAGACAGUCCUAUCAUCCGGAAUAUUUCAAUGGAUCUAAAAAUGAAGAGAAAUUGUGUUUAAAACAUGCAGCUCAACACAGACAGGAUAUAGAUCCAAAGAAAAAAUCUGUGACAUUUAAAAGUAAAAAUAAAGUUGGUGUUUUAGAGAAUGAUGAAGUUAUUAUGAAUGGAAAUAUUCCAAAUAAAAGAACCAAUCGAAGUUUAGCAGCAACUACUGUCGUUGAAGAUGACGAAAAUGUGAACAAACUAGAAAAUAUUCUGACACCAGAACAAGAAGAGGAAGCAGAAAUCAACAAAGCCAACGAUUUGGCUAAAGAUAUUGCAGAAUUCAACAGACGUUUAGACCAACGUGCGAAAGAAACGGAAGCUCGUCAUGGAAAGUCUUCUGGUGGUAGUCACGUGGUCACUAUAGAGAAAGAGCACACAACACAAACGUCUAGUACGCCAAACGCACAAAAGCCACAAAAUGCAACAAGCAACAAUGGAAAAACCCACACGGCACAGUCUUCGCCCUUCCUGGAAGAUAAUCACAAGACUCCUCUCGUACCUAUAGAAUCCAAUAAAUCACCCGAGACUGGUAGUGCUACUGAUGACGCACCUAAGUUUGUUUCUGUAGUUUCCCACAAGCAUAGUAACAAAAAUAAGAAAAACAAGUAG